AAAGACAAAGACCACCAAAAAUGACUUCUUAAAAAAAGAGCAAGUUUUAAAAAUCAUAUUCGUGUUUUUACGAAAUACUAUUUGUUCCUCGAGCUUUACGGUUUCGUUUCUUUUGUUGUGUUAUUAUUUCUUAUUCUUUACAUAAGUAGCAACUGAGAGAGAGAGAGAGAGAGAGAUUUGUAUUAUUUACGGUCUAAUUUAUACAAUAAAUAUUAAUAUAUUCGUAUAUUUUUAUUUUCAUCCUCGGAAACAGUAUCUUCCACCUGCACAUUGUGCAAUGGAGAAUCUUCAUCUCAUAGGAGCCACCGCUUUUUCGCGAGUGUAUGCGUGCGCGACUGUAUUCAAUUUGUUUGAUCGAUCAAUCGCGUGCGGCAAGUGCGCUUCCUCUCCGACGAGACUCCUUUCCAAGCGUGUGGACAUUGAUCGCGCGCGUUCGUCGAAAAUUACAGUUAGCGAAAGGUACUUCGAUCGGAAAAGCAUGGCCACUGAGCGGAAUGGAUCGAAGAGUUUGGUGCAGAGAGCUGUCAUUACGACGGAUCCGCAGGAAGCUAUCGUGGAGUAUUUCGUGUCCAAGCAGGAGCAACGUAAAAUCAAAAGAUACCCAGAAUGGGAUAAAGCGAGGGUGUGUCCGGCGACGGAGGUGAUCAGGGCUCGCCGAGAGUUGGCUCAGAUCGACGAGGUAUUGAGGGAAAAAUGGACGGAACAGCAGACCAAACGCAAGGAUAUGGACGAGCACUGGAAGGAGGCGAGGAAUCAGGCACUGCUGUUACGGCAGUCUUUCGUGAAGUUUGAUCAACUCGUGCGGGAGAAUGUCGAGAAGCGCGAGCGAGCGGAGCAAAAGAUCAAGGAGGAUCACGAACGGCAGGAGAAAUUCAAGCGAGAAGCCGAUGAACUCGAGCAGAAAUUAAGUCACAUGAGAGGGGUGCUGGACCAGAUGAAAAACUACACAGACAUAUACAAGAAGUAUCAGAAUUAUCUGGAGCGUGUGGUGAACGAGACGGGCGAAUUUCAGUCGAUCAAUGAUAUUUUUAAUCGUUAUGAAACUCUGGUCGAGGCCAGACAGGCGUUGUCCGACCACCAGGACAGGAAUCUUCAGAUGCUGGAGGACAAAGGCACAGAGAUAUACCACCUGACGGAAGUGAAAUCGCAGAUGUUGAUGGAGCUCGACAACAAAUUGGCGCAGUUGCAAACAGGAUACAACCGUGCGAAGGCGCAAGCACUCAGGUGGGAGGCGAUAGUCUCGAAAAUCAAGGAAAUCGCCGCCGUCAAGAGCUUGGAGCUUACGCAAGUGAAGGCAUGCUGCUGGAACAUCUAUCAGCAGAUUUGCAAGAGGAAAGAGAUUCCCGUCAAGGUGAGCAGCGAGGACGUCGAGCAGCAGCUGAUUCAAAUCAAGCGAACCAUCCUCGAACUGAGGCGGAUCAUCAAGGUCGCCAAGAGGAAAGCGCGCGAAGAGAGAGAUUCGUCGUAUCGCGACUAAGAUGACCGCUCGCUGUUGUUGUUAUUCUUCGCGGCCGAUCGGUGAUCGGUCAAGAUGGCCGUGAACGAAGAAAGAGAUUUCACCUUAUCACGAGAAGGACAAACCAAGUAUUUCUUUGAAGGCGAAAAGAAGAGAGAA